CUCUUGCACACGUGUUGUAUUAUCCAGUGUCGCUCAGUGCUUGUGUCUUGUGCUCCUGCAUCUCCGGCGUAUACCCUCCAAGGAUUACUUUCAUAAGAAUGAAGACCUCAUAGUGCAGCACUCAGCAUGGUCGGCUACUUGUGGGCCGUCGUCGCGGUGGGCGUCUACAUCGCCGUCACAAACGCCCAGAACAGCCAGAUCUGCCCGCCCAGAAGUGAGCUGGAGCCCUGCGCUUGCACACCCAAGAAGAACGGUCUGGACAUCCUCUGCGAGUUCACCGACCUUCAACACAUCAGCAAAGCCAUGGCGGUGCUGAAGGGAAAGCCCUCCAUAGUCAUCUUCUACCUCAAGCUGAGGCACAACAACCUUCCCAAGCUGCAGAGCUUCGUGUUUCUCGGGGUCGACAUAAGACAUCUGACCAUUCACAAUAGUUCCUUGUCGGUCAUUGAGGAGUCUUCUCUUAGCUCUAUGGGUAAAGGACUGACUCAGCUAGAUCUGUCCCAGAACAAGUUAAAUCUAGUCCCGUCUCCAGCGUUCCGCAACCUUCACCACCUUCUAAUACUGAACAUGAACCAUAACCGUGUCAACGCGCUGCACUCCAAGGCUUUUGAGGGGUUGGACACCCUUGAGAUUCUCACCCUCUACGAGAACAAGAUCACCAACAUCGAGAGCGACGCGUUCAAAGGAUUAGACAAGAAGCUAAAGCGACUCAAUCUCGGUGGUAACAAACUGACGAGUGUUCCUCAAGAGGCUUUCUCAAUUCUUGACACUCUCAAGAAACUGGAACUUCAAGAAAACAGCAUCACGUCGAUAACCGAGGGGGACUUUGAGGGUCUCCACAACCUGGAUUCACUAGGUCUGGCUCAUAAUCACCUUAGGGAGGUUCCAGCAAGAGUGUUCUCACAUCUAACACAACUCAACUCACUAGAGCUAGACGGCAACCAGAUCACUCACAUUGAUGUUGACGCAUUCGUCGGUCUUGAGGAGAACCUGCAAUACCUCCGCCUCGGCGACAACAACCUUCACGAGAUCCCGAGUGAUGCUCUGCGUCGUCUGCAUCGCCUUCGUCAUCUGGACCUGAGGGCCAACAACAUCACAGUCAUCGCCGAGGACGCCUUCUCUGGCUACGGGGACUCCAUCACCUUCCUCAACCUGCAGAAGAACGACAUCAAGAUACUACCAGCUAUGGCGUUUGACAACCUCAACUCCCUAGAAACGUUGAACCUCCAGAACAACAAGUUGACUCAUAUUCCCGAGGAGAUCAUGGAGCCCAUAGUGGACACGCUGCGAGUGGUCGACAUCAUGGACAACCCUCUCAUCUGCGACUGCCAGUUGCGCUGGUUCCGCGACUGGAUCAAGAACCUCAAGGACAAGGACGACGAGAUGAUGCAGAAGAAGAGGACGUUGUGCACGAUGAUGCCGGAGCACCAGGAGUACUACGUGCAGAACCUGCCUCUGGACAAGAUGAACUGCGUCAGCAAAGGACUGAUACGUGGGAGAGCGUCAGCAGCAGUGGCUACUUGUAUGCUGCCUUACGUGCUGACGACCGUUGUGACGUGCUCAGUCAGGCCGUGGACACUUCUCUAAGAGGUCAAAGUUCAACGCGAGAGUGCGCUGUGUCCAUCCGGAGACAUCGGUUUAUUCCUAGAACCAUAGACAAAUAGAAUGAAAUGUAGACAUCCGUGUUGUGGUUAGCAUUAGUUCUGGCGUCCAUGGCUAGGAGCGCGGUAUUAAGGCGCAGGAGCU